AUGGAUAUUUUACUGUUACCAUAUUCGACUAUUGCUCAUUGUUUUCGUGUAGAACACAACACCUUAGUGGUUGCAGAUUUCAAAAAAAGAUUCGAUGAUAUAAUUUCUUAUUUAAACAAAAUUCCUGCUAACAAGAGAAAAACCAAUGGCAUGUAUAUUUUAACAGCUAUCUGUGAUGAUCUUGCGAGUUUCCAUACAUUUCGAUUAUUUGAUCAUUUGAUUCUACGAAAUCAUCCAAUUUUCGAUUAUAUUGGACGAACAUUUGAAAUGCUUUUGACAAAAUCAAAUCGCUCUCAAACAAUAUUAAUGACUAAAGAAGAGGACGAUUGCUUUUCAUCGAUGAGUUACUUCAUUGCACAAUUGUGUCUAUAUCAAAAUGAACCAUCAGGAUUGAUCUAUGGAGAUAUAUUAAACGAAAUAUUUCCGGUAACAGAAAAACCAAAUGCAAAAGGUGUACACAUACUCCAAUUUAAUAGAGACCCAGACGAUGAAAUCAUAGAUACACUAAAUUUGAAAACUGCACGUUUAAAACCUGAUGCACCAGCGGCGCGUCCACUCGAGAAAACAAAAUUCGAUGUAACAAAAAUACCCAAAUUAAAAAAGUUUCCACAUCAGUUUAUGUCGAAAACGCAUGAAACUCAGAUCGAUUCACCCAUAAUUCAAUCGAAUCAAAUCGAAUUACCUGCAAAAUUAUUUCAAAAUAUAUUUUUAACAAAAUUAUUUUUUUAUCAAUUAGCUCGUGCCAUCAAUGAUCUAUCGCAAUAUGAAUAUUCUUCAUAUCACGUCAAAUAUAAAGUUAUCGAUCGACUUGUUCGUCUUUGUUCAAAACUAAACAUGAUCGAUGAAUUGAUUGAUCCUAUUAUAAAAUGUCUAUGUUCGAAAUAUUAUCGUGAUGCAUUUAUAACAAUAGAAAUUAAUCAAAUUCGAUUGAAUCAAAAACAACUCUUUUUUAUUUAUGAGUGUACACAAUUUCUUGUUCAACAUAAUUUCUUAGACCAAGGGAAAAUAGUUGGCAUAUUGUGUAAGAGUAUCAUUGAAGCUACAAAAACAAUUUUCGACAAACAUUUCUCAGCCAUAGAUACCGAUAUUGAUUCGAAUCAAGAUGGAGAUAGACGAAUAAUAAUGCUUGCGCUCAGCUGUCACAUUGAAUUAUUGUAUCAAUUCUCAUCGACAUCAUUUGGUAGAAAAUAUUUCCUUCAAAGUUCCAUCAUCGAUCAGUUUCUAAGUAUAUUAAGACAAAGCGAAUUAACCGCCAGUGCCUGUGAGCAUCAGCAUUUAUUUAAUGCAAAUGUUGGUAUUGUUGCAUAUAGUCUCAUGUUAUUAUAUAAUUUGGCGUUUGAAACAGAAAUAUUUUCGAUAUUGAAACAAUCAGAUUUGCAAAGUAUUUGUUUGAAACUUAAAUCUGCAAAUGAUCAUACGAUUAAAUUUGCAUCGAUGACAUUGGCAACAAUUUUAAAAGAAGACAAAAUUGAUGAAGAUAAUGAGCCUUCUAGACUAAAGGAAGGCUACAUUCAAUUUCUCGAGGAUAUUAUCGUUGAAUCCGAACAAAUAACAAGAACAGAUGUUACAAGAAAUACAAGAGAAAAAGAUAACAAGAAGGGUGUGUUUCUAAGAGGAUCGUUUUUGGAAAAAUUGAUUUUUGACAUUGACCAUCUAUCAAAACAUGGAUAUCCAUCAAACGAACAACGAUACAAAAAUACUGCACAACAAAUCCGUGUUUGCUCAACAGAAGAGACAGACGACGUAGAAUCAUUAUUAGGUCCGAUAAUUGCAUGUUUAUCAUCGAAAUUUUAUCGCGAUGUCUAUACUACAAUCGAUGUCAAUCAUGUAAAAAUUUCCAAUAGUAAUCUGGCACCAAAGCAAUUAUUUCUCAUGCGUGAUUGUGUAGAAUUUCUCAUUCGACAUGAUUACAAACGACAAGAUGAAAUAGCUAGUAUCCUAUGUCCAAACAUGUUAGAAAAUGCUGGACUCAUUUUUGACCAACAUCUACCAAUUCUAACUGAGAAUGAAGAUGACGAAGAAACCAAAAAUGCUCGUAUCGAAGCCUUGCUUUAUCAUAUCAAAUUAUUGAGUCAUCUUGCACUAGCACAAUCUACACGAAAAGACUUUUUAACACAUGCAAUCAUCGAUAAGCUUUUAAGAUUUUUAGGAAAUAAAAUGUUGAUUGAUAAUGCUCAUCCAAUCGUUAACGUUAAGGUUGUGAUUGUUGCACAAUCAUUAACAUUAUUAUACAAUUUGGCAUUUACCAAAGAAAUAUUAGUCAUCAUGAAAAAUAAAGAUGUCCUGGGUAUAUGUUUGCAAUGGCGUCUAAGCAAAGAUAAAAUAAUUCAUUUUGUUUCACAAGCAUUAAUGAUAUUAUUAGAUUCGAAUAAAAUUGAUGAAAUCAUUGAUCCACGUUCGUUCACUAAAUUCUGUAUAGAGUGCAUGAAAAAAUCUGCCAAAGAACCACGACAAGCAUAUCAAGGUAUUAAAUUGAGUGGUCUAUUGAGAAUUCUUGGAGCUGUUCUUGAUAAUGAUACGGUGCAAAAAACUAUCAUCGAAGGAAAAGAAGGAAUUUCAUCUCUUGCAAAAUGUGCUUGUGUCGUUAAUCCAGAUAAUACAACAGCUGAUCUUAUAAAGAAAAUUCGAAGAUCUUCAUUGAAUAUUAUUUGGAAAUUAUUAUCGUUAGAGCCUACAUUGAGUAACAAACUGAAAAUCAAUGAUCUAUUCAUCGAACAUAUUCGAAAAUUAUCAGAAGAAGCAUCAGGAAACGAAAAAAAGAUGCCUAGUCGAAUUAUUUGGAAAUUAGGUGAUGAAGAAGCAUUUCAUUCUGAAGAAGACACUGAUGACAUACACGGAACGACGACAAUUGACGAUGAAAUCAAUUCAAAUGAUGCAUGGGAUGAUUCAAUUCCGUUCGAUGUUAUAAUGAGUUUUAGCCAUGAUUCAAAUGACAAAAAUCUUUGUCAGAAAAUUUAUAAUCGUUUGAAAUUAAAGGAUGUUCAAGUAUACUUUGAACUACAAGGCAAACAUCGGUUGGAAUCAAUUAAACAAGCAUCAUUGAAAAAAAAAAUAAUUCUAGUUUGCUUAUCAGCUGCAUAUCGGUCAUCGAAGUUUUGCAUGGCAGAACUUGAAUGUGCUUCUAAACAAGAAUGCCCUAUUAUACCAGUGAUAGUUGGAUUAAAUUACAAAGUAAAAGGUUGGCUAAGUCAUCUUGUCGGUAAAAAAGAUACUAUUGAUUUCACACAGAAAAAUUUCAAAGACGCAUUAUUAAAAUUAACCGAUCAGAUCGAGAAAAUGAAGCCUACAGAAUAA